AUGGCUAUGCUAGCGGAUGAUGUCGUUGACACUGCUGGUGUUGGUAGCAGCAACUUCGAUGCUAGCCCCGGGGUGGCGGCAGCAGCAGCAGCAGUUGCUCUGAACCAGCCAGCCGAAGAUCAGGAGGAUGUGGUCUAUAACUGCCGGAUGUGCCGACGCGCGGUGUUUAAUGGCGCGGACAUCGAGAAGCACGAGGCGGCGCAGCACAACUUCCGCCGUCGAAAGUCGAAAGGCGUAACAUCCAAGGGACCGUGCUCGUCCAUCUUCCUGUCCGAGCCGAAACGGUGGAUGAAGCAGCAGGCGGGGGAGAUGGAAGGAAAGCUGUCUUGCCCGAACAAGGCGUGCGGGGCCCGGCUAGGCUCACUGAAGUGGACGGGGGCGCAGUGUUCAUGCGGGUCGUGGAUUACCCCUGCUAUACAGUUCCCCAGGAAGAACCUCGACGCGCGGCCGAGAGUCUCCACCGGACCCCCGCCCGGCACGGUGGUGCAUCCCUCCCUGCUUGCAGCCGGGGGGUUGGGAACUCCCUUUUUGACGAGGCGUGCCGAUCAUAAUUGCGAAUGGCACCCGCGUAGGAGUUCGCCCAAGAUAUGGUACAGAUGUGUCACGGGCCACCACGAUCGUAGGGGGUAGGUGACGUCGGGCGGCGGUAGUAAACGACACGAUAAGAUCAGCACAAAAUGUUGCCGGGGCACACGACAACGCGGCAACUUUGUAUCUAGUUCCGAGCUUGUUUCUGCCUAUAUCCCCCUCCGUUUCUAAUCGCGUCCUCAUUUUCACUCAAGUUUGGAUCAACUAUAAUAAGCAGUACUCUACCUGGAGCCUUCGUCCCUCGCGGCGGGUAUACAAACAACAUCAUCAACACCUCCGCCGCAUGUAGUCCUAUCACUGCAGCUUGCCCGAAGGACUCGGCACUAACCCCCUGGUCCACAUUCUUCGACUUCGGCACCCACCCAUCUGCCAGGACCAGUUCUGGGCCAAAAAAGGUUCCUCUAGCUUGUCUAGCUGUGCGAAGUACCUCACAGACUUCCUUGAAGCCGCCAUACACAACAACAAUAAUCUCCGUCUGCCAGCUGAGGAGCGAUGUUUUCUCCGGGCAACCAGGAGCACGUGAUCUCACCCCGUUCCCCAAUAGGCCAGGGGUAAGAGACGGAUAGCACGAUACCAUACGCUUGCCGCACCAGAUGGGCUCCUUUGCCCCUCAAGCUCCACACAAACAGCAGUACCAUGUUUUGACAUUUUUUUUUUCUUCGCACACCACGGCCGGAGGCACCACCGCAGCGUGCCAGGUAUCCUGGCCAUGGGACACAUGGGUUUAACGUAUCGCACAUUCUGUUGACAUACCUAACAUCCGGCUGUAUUUACACGAGAGAAUCGCCACGCGUCUCUGAAAGCCACACCACGACUGACUGCGAGCAAGCACCCACUCGCACAAAAAAAAAAAAAAACACACACACUGCGCAAACGGCAACCUCAGCGGUUCGCUGUCCCGGCCCUCUCCCCUCCCCCCAUCCCCCACACCAACCUCAGCCCACUAGUGCUCCCCAAACACUGGCCAAGCCACGCCUUUUCACUCACAUCAAACCUUUGCCUCUCCACUUGCAACGUCUCUCCGUGGUGUUCCAACACAGACCAAACGGCACCAUCAUCAUCAAUGUCUUGUACCGCCUCCCGCCAAACCAACAACACCGAUCAAUUUCUUCGACAGCCGACAUGAGUCAUCAACUACCGCCGCCGCAGCAUGGUCAAGUAUACACCCAUGUCCCGGCGCUCA